CUGCGUAGGUUAAACGCAGUUCGCAGUUCGCACCUCUGCAACCCCUCUCUCAAUUAAAAGCCAAGGCAUCAAUUGGGAGUGUCCGAAGCUCCGAUAAACAUUUCAAUAUGGAUUUUGAGGUAAGGGCCGUGGCAGGGAUUGAGAGCUGCUUCGUCUCCCUCCCUGUCUCUCUGAUCCAAACCCUUCAAUCCACUCGUGGAGGCUUUCUUCCUUCCCUUCUCGCGCUUGAGCUCCGAUCUACUGACAACCGUUCCUGGCACGUAGCCUGGUCUGGCUCGGCAUCAAGUUCUUCGGCGAUUGAGGUUGCUCAACAAUUGGCUGAGUGCAUGUCUCUACCACAUCAUUUGAUGGUGCAAGUGAGAGCCGUUUCUAACUUGCCGAAAGCUACACUAGUUACGAUAGAGCCCAAUACUGAGGAUGAUUGGGAGGUUUUGGAGCUCAACUCGGAGCUUGCAGAGGCUGCUAUUUUGAAACAGGUUGGUAUUGUGUAUGAAGGGAUGCGAUUUCCCUUGUGGUUGCAUGGCCGCAACAUCAUAGUGUUUCUUGUGGUUUCAACAUCUCCUGUGAAAUCGGUAGUGCAACUUGUGCCAGGAUCUGAAGUUGCAGUUGCACCAAAGAGACGCAAGAAAACCAUGGAUACCUGCCAAGAUUCUUACAUAAAACCAUCAAGCAAGGAGCAAUUGAAAAAGGCAUUAUUCCGUGUUCAAGAUCCAGGAAGGAUAUCUGUCCACAGAUGUGAGUUCAAUGGUGUUGAGCUGGGCGUUGUGCUCACUUCUGCUGUUUUUGUUCAUCCAGAGACCGCUAAAAGCGCAUUGUUUCAAAACUUUCAGCUGGUUAUCAUAUUUCCUAGAUUACCACCAAGCCAGAAUAUGAAGACUAAUAAAAGCAAUAACCCGAGAAAAUGGGGUUCAGCGGUGAAGGAAGAAAACCCUGAGUUGCGGAUCGACAAGGAGAAUUCUAGGCAUAUAAUUGUUCAUCUGUUACUUUCAGAUUCAGUGGCCAAAGGACAUAUAAUGCUUCCUCUGUCUCUUCGUCUGUAUUUAAGAGCUGACUUACAUUCAUGGGUUUGUGUAAGAAGUUGCGACCUUGAUCCAAAGAAGGAUGCUUCUUUAUUCACUCUUUCACCUUGCCGGUUCAAGUUUCCUCGGAAGGAUAAGACCCUCAAUGACAUUAGCUUGUUCGAAAGCAAAAAAAAAUUUAAGACUAAAUCCACACCUUUCGGAACUAGUUUGAUUGAUGAUGCAAAUAUGAUGGAUUGGUCAACUCAUGAAGAUUUUAUUACUACUCUUUCUGGUAGUUACUCUAAAGGUGAAAGUCAACAGGCUGCUUCCCAGUCUCCUAUUUCAAAACGACAACAAAGUCUUCUCCAGGCUUGGUUUAUUGGUCAACUCAAAGCAAUUUCGUUAAAUACGGGAAUGCAUGUUAGUUCAUUGGGGUUAGGAAAUGAAACCUUGCUUCACUUUGAAGUAAUGGGUCAUAAAAUAGGGAGCAAUGGAAACAUAAAGGCUUUAACUGAAGGUCCUUUAGAUAAGAGAAAAAUGACUAGAGAGCAUCCUAUUGAACUCUUAUUUCUAUUGACUACACCAGAAGAGCUUUUUCAUAGGGGUCAGAUUGGGACUUAUGAGCUUACUCUCAAAGAGGAAAAGAAAAGCAUUGAUAACCUUGAAGGGUUGGAAUUGUCCUUCGGAAAGUUGGAUUUGGGUGAUCCUGUAUUUCUUCAUUCUGUCAAAGAGAGGACAUUUGAUAAAAAUUCAGAUUUGACCAUUUCUUCCUUAAACUGGAUGGAGACAGCUUGUUCUGAGGUUAUGAACCGGUUGACUCUGCUAUUAUCUCCAACUAUUGGGAAGCUUUUUAGUUCUUUCAAUCUUCCUCUACCUGGACAUAUUCUCAUAUGCGGACCUCCUGGUUCUGGAAAAACAUCUUUAGCCAGGGCGGUUGCAAAAUCCCUCGAAGAGCAUGAAGAGAUCUUAGCACACAUAGUUUUUAUCAGCUGUUCCAGUCUUGCUCUUGAGAAGGCCUCAAGCAUUCGUCAUACACUUUCUAGCUACAUAUCUGAAGCCCUUGACCAUUCACCUUCUCUUGUAUUCUUGGAUGAUCUUGAUAGUAUUUUUUCAUCAUCUUUAGACUCCGAGGGAUCUCAACUUUCUGCUUCGACUACUGCACUUAUGGAAUUUCUUACGGAUAUUAUGGAUGAACACGGGGACAAGAGACAAAGGUCCUGUGGAAUCGGCCCUGUUGCAUUGGUGGCUUCUGCACAAUCUCUUGAGAAUCUGCCCCAGUCGCUGAGCUCUUCAGGGAGGUUAGACUUCCACGUGCAGUUGCCUGCACCUGCUGUCUUAGAACGUGCGGCUAUAUUGAAGUAUGAAAUGCAGAAGCGUUCCUUGAAAUGUUCCGAUGAUAUCCUGUCAGAUGUGGCUUCUAAAUGUGAUGGCUAUGAUGCAUAUGAUUUGGAAAUAUUGGUUGAUCGGGCUGUACAUGCUGCUGUUAGUCGCUUUUUAUCUUUUCAUUCUGCUUGUGAUGAAUGUGAAAAGCCUGCUUUGGUAAUGGAUGACUUUAUGCAAGCAAUGCAUGAUUUCCUUCCAGUAGCUAUGCGUGAAAUUACUAAAUCUGCUUCUGAAGGUGGUCGUAGUGGUUGGGAAGAUGUUGGUGGGCUUAUGGACAUCAGAAGUGCUAUUCAGGAGAUGGUUGAAUUGCCAUCGAAGUUCCCCAAUAUCUUUGCACAAGCUCCCUUAAGGUUAAGGUCAAAUGUUCUGUUAUAUGGCCCACCUGGUUGUGGAAAGACACACAUUGUUGGUGCUGCUGCUGCUGCAUGUUCUUUACGAUUUAUAUCUGUGAAAGGGCCUGAGCUGCUGAACAAAUACAUCGGUGCUUCUGAACAAGCUGUUCGGGAUAUUUUCUCAAAAGCAUCCGCUGCAGCUCCUUGCCUUCUCUUUUUUGAUGAAUUUGAUUCCAUUGCUCCUAAGAGAGGACAUGAUAAUACUGGAGUUACUGAUCGUGUUGUUAAUCAACUGCUGACUGAACUAGAUGGUGUGGAAGUCCUUACAGGAGUAUUUGUGUUUGCUGCAACAAGUCGACCGGAUUUACUUGAUGCUGCACUUUUGCGACCUGGAAGGCUUGAUCGUCUCCUUUUCUGUGACUUCCCAUCACAGCGUGAGAGAGUGGACAUUCUAACUGUUCUUUCUAGAAAGCUUCCACUAGCCAGUGAUAUUGAUCUGGAUGCCAUAGCUUCUAUGACUGAAGGUUUUAGUGGUGCCGAUCUCCAAGCACUCCUGUCAGAUGCACAGCUUGCUGCAGUUCAUGAACUUCUGGAAAAUGAUGAUAGAGAUAAACCUGGAAAAAUGCCAAUCAUUAGUAAUGAUCUUCUAAAAUCUGUUGCUUCAAGAGCAAGACCUUCUGUUUCAGAAGUUGAAAAGCGGAAACUAUAUGGUAUUUACAGCCAGUUCCUGGAUGCAAGAAAAUCUGUUGAUGCACAGUCAAGGGACACUAAGGGGAAAAGGGCGACCCUAGCAUAAGAGAAUGGCUUGUACCUUAAACAUUCAAUUAUCAAACAUUGGUCAAGAAGAAUGAAUUGCAUGGAGGGUUUGAUUGGUUAGGCAUACAAUUGGCUUCCAUUUCUUGGUCAGUAAGGGUUUGAUGUUGGCAAUCAUGUAUUAUAAGAUGAUUUUCUUCUUUCCUAUUUCUGCCAUGUAAUUUAAUGUAGGCUGUUCUGCCCAUUGAGUAUUGUAAAAUUGAUGCAAAUUUCUUGCUAAUAAUCAAGUCGCAUCUCAGAAAUUUUGUACUUUAAUUAUUGGGUCUUCAUUCUGAUUUGUUUCGCUUGCCUACAAUUGUACAAGUAUGAAAUAAAUCUUGCAUUUAGUUAUUAAA